AUGAGUUUUAUGUUCUCAGAGGCCUGGACCUUCAACCAAGCCAUCAGGUUGUGGGACACCUCAUCUGUCAGGGACAUGCGCUACAUGUUCCAUGAUACCCGGGCUUUUAAUCAAGACAUUGGCUCUUGGAACACUUCGGCAGUGACAAGUAUGCACAGAAUGUUCAGCUAUGCUGAAUUCAACCGACCCAUCGGCUCUUGGACUACCAGGGCAGUGACUGACACGAGCUUCAUGUUCGAUGGGGCCCGGAACUUUGACCAAGCCAUAGGCUCUUGGAACAUGUCAUCAGUCACGGACAUGUCGUACAUGUUCAGCGGUACGGCCUUCACACAGGCCAUCGAUUGCUGGGAUACUUCAUCGGUCGUGAGCAUGAGACACAUGUUUGAAGCCUCUGACUUCAACUCAGACAUCGGCUCAUGGAACACCUCAGCUGUCAAGAACAUGGAGUACAUGUUUCGGUACGCCUCCAACUUCAAUCAAGACAUUGGUUCAUGGGACACCUCAGCUGUCGAGGACAUGUUUGCCAUGUUUGAACAUGCCACGGCCUUCAACAAAGCCAUCGGGUUUUGGGACACCUCUGCAGUGAGAUCUAUGGGCAGCAUGUUUUCUGGGGCUACCGCUUUCAACCAACACAUUGGCCGCUGGAACACCUCAGCAGUGACAACAUUCAGCGUCAUGUUUCAUGAGGCCGCGACCUUCAACAAGGCAAUCGGAUCCUGGGAUACUUCGUCGGUGUCGCAGAUGGACUGGAUGUUCGCACGCGCUCGGUCCUUCAACCAAGCCCUAGGUUCAUGGGAUACGUCAUCAGUCGAAGACAUGGACUUAAUGUUCUCUGAAGCCACGUCUUUCAACCAGGACCUUGGCUCCUGGGAUACUUCGGCAGUGACAAAUAUGAACAGCAUGUUCUCCGGCGCCAUGGCCUUCAAUGGAACCAUUGGCUCUUGGGACACCUCGUCUGUGACACUGAUGAGCCGAAUGUUUGAGGACGCUGUUUCCUUCAACCAAGAUAUCGGAUUUUGGGAUACAUCCUCAGUCACAAGCAUGUUCAGUAUGUUCCAGGGUGCCACGUCUUUCGAUCAAGCGAUUGGGUCUUGGGAUACUUCGUCAGUCCAAGACAUGGACAGCAUGUUCCGGAAUGCUGUGACCUUCAGCCACAGUUUAAGCUCUUGGGACGUCUCGCAGUUGCAGGACAAGGACACUAUGUUUCAGGGCGCAGUCUCGUUUGAUGAGAAACCUUGCGAGGCUGGAUUUUUUCCUGCUCGCAAUCUGCUGGGCUGCGAAGUGUGCCCGCCGGGAAAGUUUGCCCGGUCAAACGCUUCUUAUUGCGAUCCUUGCGGUCCAGGCUCAGUUCCUGUGCCAGAUCGCAGCAGUUGCACACCAUGCCCGGCACUACACGUUGCAGAUUUCGACACUUGCAGAGCAUGCGGGCUUCCCCAUUUGGUGUUCAGGGAUGAGUGCAUUUCGUGGCACCUGCCUUUAAUUGCACUUGGGGUUGCCAUGUUGCUCGUGCUCGUCCGCUUGGUGGCGAUGUAUCGGCGUGCACGCAGGGCGAAGCGGAUUGAGGGAGUUCUAAGCCAUCUUUAUGACGAUUUGUGGGAAGAGAUGCCUGAAAUAAUGCACCAGCAUCAUGCCGUCUUGGAGCAGCUUGGUGCUGACAAAUCCACCGUUGACCAGCGAGUGCUUGAAAUGCGUGCUCGCCAAAGCAAUCUCGCAGGAGUCAGCAUGCAUUAUCUCCUCUCCGCGGAUUUCGUGCAGUUGGCAAGACAGCGCACCGGAAAGGAUGACCCCACCUUCAUUGACAUGAAAACCUCGUUUUGGUUGGCUGAGGAUCCGAUAGGUCAGAAUGUGCUUUGCCCACGUGAUGGCAGGCCCGGUUGUGCGCUGGUCGACUGGUUGCCUCGCAAGGAUCGUCGAGAGCAGACGCAUUUCAUGUCGUGGACAUGGCGUUACAGCAUCGGGCAGAUGAAGAGCGCACUUACUAUGUAUCGAAGCACGGCUGUCCCAGUUGUCCUGCCAGAAGAAGUGUUUUUCUUCAUGUGUUUUUUCGUUAACCCAAGGUUUGAUCCAUAG